UUGUGUCAACAACGUGUUGCUCCCUCCCAGUGAAAAAUCGCAGGACCACAGUCGCCCCUCGCGAUUUUCCGCUCGCGUUUUUCACCAGGACUGCCAAAGUGCUUGUGUGUUUUUCCGAACCCUCGCCCCCCGCCGUUGCAAGCGAGUGUGCGUGCCAAAGUGCAACAAGUCUUAAGCGUAAUUUAAUUGCAACAAUUUCUCCGCUCCGCACAUUUCCCGAUUUUCCGAUUUGAGCCAGUGCAAAACACGACUCGAUCGCAUCGGCCAGGAAGAUAUAUCAGUGUCGCAGUGUUCGUGCAAAGUGGAGCAUUCAUCUCCCAAAAAAACACACACAAAAACCCUGUCAAAGACACUGCAUUAGUCAGCAGAUCGAGGACUCCUGUAGUACGUGACUUGUCCUUUUCCAGCACUCAAUCGAAAGGAUCCAAGUCGCCGCGCGAUAGGCAUAAGCUCACCAUGUUGCCGCAUCAUCAGCGCCAUAAUAUGGCGACCUCAGCGGACAGCGCCAUCUGCAUCCUGCUCCUCUCGUUCCUUCUAAUUGGGGGAUGCCUGGUGGCGCCCACCGAAGGACGCGCCAAGGAGGACCGUCGCAACAGGGGGCGUGGCAGCAGCGGCUCCCUGUCCUCCUCCUCCUCCAGCAACAAUGCCUAUGGCUAUGGUGGCUCCUCCUCCACAGCGGGCUCCUCCUCCGGCGGCUAUGUCUUCACCAGCAGUAGUGCCGUGAACUCCGGCAGCACUGGCUACAGUGGACCCAUGGACAACACUGGAUUCUGCACAAGACGACGGGACAUGAAGCUGAUGUGCUACUGCACCCCGGACGAGAACCAUGUCCCCGUGCAGAAGGCCGAGUGCUGGGUUUUCUCGGAGGGACUGUAUCAGAACGACACCACCUGGACGCGAUUCUACCAGCAGAAGCGUUUGAGGGAGCUGAAGUUUGUGAUCCAGAACAAUGCCCGCCUGGACUACAUACCCACCAUGAUCAUUGAGCCCCUGAAGAACCUGAGCAGCAUUGUCAUCGAGUACUCGCAGGUGGAGAUUGUUAAGAGCUAUGCCUUCGCCAAUCUGCCCUUCCUCGAGAAGAUCAUCCUGAACAACAACCACAUCAUGGCCCUGGACCAGGACGCCUUCGCCAAUCACAUUAGGCUGAGGGACUUGAACCUGGAGCACAACCAGAUCUUCGAAAUGGACCGCUAUGCAUUCCGCAAUCUUCCGCUCUGCGAAAGGCUUCAUUUGAAUAACAACAACAUCAGCACUCUGCACGAGGGCCUUUUCGCCGAUAUGGCCAGGCUGACCUCCCUUAACCUGGCCAACAACCAGAUUAAUGUGCUGACCAGCGAGAUUUUCCGAGGCUUGGGUAAUCUGAAUGUGCUGAAGCUGACCCGGAACAACCUGAACUUUAUUGGGGACACCGUCUUUGCUGAGUUAUGGAGUCUGAGUGAACUGGAACUGGAUGAUAAUCGUAUCGAGCGAAUUUCCGAGCGCGCCCUGGACGGCUUGAAUACACUGAAAACCCUGAAUCUGCGCAACAAUCUGCUAAAGAAGAUCGACAACGGGCUGCUGCGGGGAACGCCCGCCCUGCUGUCCAUCAAUGUGCAGGCAAACAAAUUGGAAACGCUGACGUUCUACACAUUCCAGCCAAUUAUGGACAAUUUGGUCAACAGCACCAGUGAGCUGCUGGUGUCAGACAACAAAUUCAUUUGCGACUGUCGUCUGCAGUGGAUCUUCGAAUUGAAAAAUCGCACACGUCACCUGCAGCUGCGUGACUCGCUGGAGGACCUGCACUGCACGCUGCAGGAGCCGAAACUGUCGCACUUUGUGGACCCGGUGCCCUCCUCCAUCCUGGACGAGCUGAACGUGGGCGGCUUCACGGCGAUUGGCAGCAACAGCGCCAGCAUGGGUGGAGUCGGAAACAGCGUGGUGGGCAGCAGCUACAGUGGACUGAGCAGUCUGGACGACUCCAGGAAGCACUCGGCCAGCAGAUCCCGGCAGGCGCUCCGGGGACAAAGGCAGUUCGCCUCGAACGCAGAGAAUGUGGUGGAGUCCAAGAGGCGGAAGCGACAGGAGGAUCUCAAGAAGGACCUGGCUGCGGUGGCUCCGACCCACAAGCGAUACGACUACUAUGAUGACAACAAUGGAGGCAUGUCCUUGGGCCAUGGCCUGGACCUGGACGACAACCUCAACCUGCACAAGCAGGGCUUCUAUGGCGCCGGUGUGCCGUCUGUCGUUGGGGGUCACAACGAUGUGGAUGUGCUGAUGACCUCGCACUCGGCGGCGGGCGACGACCUCGACACCCUGACCAACAAGAAGGCGAUCAACAUCAAGCUGUUCCUGCUCAAGCCGGAGAUGCUGCCCUGCCACGAUGAACUGAGCGAUCCCACCGAGCUGCCCCUCUCCCGCGACCUCAUGGAUGUGCGCAGCAACGUGGGCCAGGACAUGUCCACGGCAGGAGGAGAUCGGUUGAUCCAGGCACCCAUAGCGAUCAUCAUAGCCUUCACACUCACACUGACUUUCAGACUGGGUUGAAUGCUCUAGAGGAUCAGCCCGCCUGGAUGGUGACCCCAACGUUUGGUUAGAACCAAAUGUAUGUACAUUGUACAUACUGUCUUGGAGAUGUGGUGCCCUUGGGAAACGAGCUUCAACACGAUAAAAACACGAAAGAUACCAGCUACAGUCCUGUAAAUAUGUAAAAAGGGGUAACGAAAUUUGAUAAAUUUACUACUAUAAACCUAGCUGAUAGCUGUAAUGAUAGACUCGACUUUUCACCAAACAACUUCGGCAGCAGAUUUCACACUCAGAUUCAGAUUCAAUUUCAGAUUGAUAGAUAGAAACCUCAAGCAAAAACCGAACCCAAAAAGAGAACCUCCGAGCAAACUGGCGUUUCAUUUAAGAAAAGAGAUACUCAACUUACCGCAGGAUGACGACUACCACUACACUCUACUACAUAGCAUUAGUUUAAACGGUUAGCCAUAGUGACACAUUUGGUUUACUUGAGCAAGGUACAUACUACAGUAAAACUUGGAAAGCGCUAAACGUCUUAGGUGGACAGACAGAGCUGGCCAGAAAAACCACUGAAACGAGGCAUGCCUGUAAGAUAAACGCAAACGCAAACUCAAACGCAGAACAUGAUGACACAAUCGCUGAAAGUUGCAACGAUAGCCGUUAGUCGAUAGGCAAUAGAUGAUAGACGAUAGCAGAUAGUCGAUAAUUGAUAAAUAAAAAAUGAUAAAUGUAAUAGGUAAAAGUAAUAUUCCCGGCCACCCCAAAGUUCUCGUAGAGUUUAAGUCUGCUUUUUAGUUGUAAGACUUUUUGCUACCCUACAACUGUCGCCUGAAUUUCCCACACACACACACACACACACACACACACACACAGAGUCCCGCUCCUCGGGGCAAAUAGAGUUUUCCGCCAGGGAAAACACUCUUCUGCUUCCUCCUACUUUCGCCGCACCAGCAGAAAUGUAACGAAAAACAAGAAAUAAAAAUGAAUACAUUGCGAAUUUAUAUAACUUAUUUGAAUAGAUUCAAAUUAUAGCAAACAAAGGCAUAAAGAGGAUAACAGAAAUAAUAAAAACAAAACCGAAACAGAAAUAUGCAUAACGAUUUUUGUAGCUUAAGACUGAAUAUAUAAAGGUAAAUUAUGCUAAUAUAUACAAAAUAUUUAUAUGGAAAAUACUGUAUGUUUAAUUGUAUUGUAAUGAAUGCAAGCUGGGGGAAAGGGUAAUGUCACUUUUAGAGAAACCAAAAAAGCCGAAUAUUCGUGCGGAUGCAUAUUACACUUUAUUUGGCAAUUUAUUACGUAUUUAAUUAUGCACAAAACUAUGAUUUCCCAUACAAAAAAGAGAAAAAAUGCAACAAAAAAAACUGUUUAAUUAAUGUGUUUAAUAAUUCAUAUACAAAAAGAAGUUAAAGUAAGCGAAAACCAAAUGCAAAUUUAUUGUGUAAAAACGGGGCAAAAGCUUACAUACGGAAAUCCCCGGAAAAAAGGGAGCAGCCGAAAGGGAAAGCCAGAAAAGUAGAGCGCCGAGCAUGAGGAGAAAGCAUAGUUUUAGUGGACAAUCAGCAGAUAAGUGAAGUGAAAGCGAACAGCAGGAAAAUCGGGGAAAAUCCCGACGAGCUGGGAAAGUGGAAAACGCGGAAAUACGGCGAGAGGCGAGCUCAAAGCACUUGAGACGAGCAAAAUAAUGAAAUAGACGUGAGCAAAGCAGAAAACACAAAUCUAUUUUAAGUGAAUGGAUAUAAGCUAAAUGUAUUUAGUGUUUUGAUUACCCACUAAGAACCUAAACACAACCAAGAAAACCCAAAAAAAUGAACAAAACCAAGAGAAAUAUAAAUGUGAAAAUGAAAAUGAAGAAAACCAAGUGAAAUCUAAGAAAACUUCUACCUAAGCAGGGCACUAAUUUCAUUACUGUUGAUACUCAGCCACUUUACACUCAUUUCAUUCGAUUGUCACGAAGUUACUAUGCUAGAGAUUGUGAAUGGAUUUUCAGUUGCCUCAAGGAGUCGGGCGAGAUUCGAUUGAUUUAGCCACUCUGUCUAGUGCAUUAAAUGCUUGUAAUAAAUUAAUAACGAAACGAACACUUAUUUAAUAUUUAGCCUUAAGAAUUGAGAAAUUUUAACCAAAGAUUUUGCGUUCCUCAUGUUGCCUAAGACAGUUCGUUCGGUUGUUUUGUUUUUUGUGUGCCAUUUUUUCUGAAAUCUUUUGAGUCUCCUCUAUUUUGCAAUGGCUAAGCAGCGCAUGGAAGUAGGCAGCGAGUAAAGUAAUUUUUAAAUAUUAACAACUAAAUGUAGCUUACUUAAUUAUUUUAACUUAAAUGUACACAGAGCGAACGGAAAGCAAGCAGCAAAUAAUAUAACCGAAAUAUAAAUGUACUUGAUGUAAGAAGUUUGCUAAAUUGAAACCGAAACCGAAAUGUCAACCCCAGCCCACUAAAGACCAUGAAUGCAAGAGCCUUGGGGCGUGGUUGGGUCCUUAGAGGGGGCGUGGCACUACCAAAGAAAAAAAUAUGGCCGAGACCAGAACACAUUCCAACAGCAAUAUUUUGUUUAACUUUUACUUUCACUGGAGCGCCUCCUCUUAAAGUCCCCGAACGCCAUUGAGGUCGCUUUUAUGGAAACCAGAAAACAAUUUUGACAGAAAAACCAUCUAAAUAUAUUUAAUGUAAAAAAAAAUAAACCAAA